UGCGUUUACUUGUCGUUCAUGUUCUGUAUCCUUCCAUGAGAGCAACACACAGCAGUGGGUCGAUGCAUCACUGUUUCAUGACCGUUUUGCCACGCUCAGUAAUCCAUAUGGAAGGCGCCACUCGUGUUCACGAUCAAUGCCUUCAUUCGCUAUGCUCAUUGCAUGGCUCUUUCCUAUCGUUUUACCAUGUGUCCUCGCAUUAUCGUCCCUACGUCGUGCUCCUUCCGGAAACAACACGGUCAUCAUCCAGAUGUUCGAAUGGACUUGGGACAGCGUAGCUUCCGAAUGCACUGAUUUCAUCGGACCCGCUGGCUAUGGUUUCGUUCAAGUCAGUCCACCCCAGGAACAUAUUACCGGAACCCAGUGGUGGACGGACUACCAGCCAGUGACGUACACUUUAAUAUCAAAGCGUGGUGACAGGGAAGAAUUCGCAAACAUGAUAACGACGUGUCAUGACGCCGGUGUUAGGGUAAUCGCUGACACCAUCUUCAAUCAUAUGACCGGCUUAGACUCAGGAGUAGGCGUUGCGGGAGAUACCUUCACACACUAUGUAUACCCAGGAAUUUAUGAGUACCAGGAUUUCCAUCAUUGUAAUCUCACCAGCACUGGCGAUAUUGAAGACUACUCCAGUCGGGCACAAGUACAAACUUGCCAAUUGGACGGCCUCGCGGACCUUGCGACUGAAACGGAAUAUGUCCGCGCGCGUCUCGCCGAAUAUGCGAACGAUCUCCUUUCUCUGGGAGUUGACGGACUGCGUUUAGAUGCCGCGAAACACAUUGCUGCGACCGAUAUCGCGAACAUCACAAGCCGCUUUUCGUCGGCGCCGUACAUUACUCAGGAAGUCAUCUGGGGAGCUGGUGAGGCUGUCCAGCCGUCGGAAUACGUCGGGAUUGGCGAUGUCCAAGAAUUCCGCUAUACCAGUGCUCUACAGAGUUCUUUUGGGGGUGGCAGCAUUUCCGGACUAGAGAACCUGGAUGACCAAGGAUGGAUAUCUGGGUCGCAGGCCAACGUAUUCGUAGCUGAUCACGAUACUGAAAGGAACGGUAAUUCUCUCAAUGUCAACUCUUCUAACAACGCCUACGUGAUUGCUACGAUAUUCUCGCUUGCUCACCCCUACGGAACGCCCACUAUUCUUUCCAGUUACGAAUUUUCGUCAUAUGAUGAUGGUGCCCCCAACGGUGGUGUAGGCACAUGCUCGGGUACGGGAGGAGCGAACGGAUGGUAUUGCCAGCAUCGAUGGGUCGCGUUCACCGGCAUGGUCGGUUUCCGUAACAACGUAGGCUCUGCCGCGCUGACAGACUGGGUGUCACCCCAAUCCUCGCAAAUCGCUUUUGGACGAGGUGUGACUUUCUAUAUUCUCCCCCCUCAUAUUGUGGUCGAUCCACUGAUAUCUAUCCAAGAGUCCGCUGGUUUCGUGGCUAUCAAUGACGCAUCCUCUAGUUGGACCACAAGCUUUACGAGCUCGUUAGCAGACGGCUCGUAUUGCGAUGUCAUCAGUGGAACAAGCUCCGAUGGUACCUGUACCGGCUUUGGGUUCACCGUAUCCGGCGGCUCGUUUACCGCAACAGUUCCGGCUUACGGUGCAAUAGCCAUCCAUACAGGCGCGAAAGGUACGGGUACCUCCCCCGAUCCUGUCGCAGUGACUUUUGCCGAAACUGCUACUACGACCUGGGGCGAGAAUAUCUUCCUGGUGGGUAGUAUAUCACAACUGGGAGACUGGGCGCCUGCUUCCUCUAUUGCUCUUUCGGCAAGCGAUUAUCCUGUAUGGGAGGUCACUGUUAGCAUCCCUGCGGGUACGACCUUCCAAUAUAAAUUUAUAAGGAUAGAAACGGACGGCUCUGUGGUAUGGGAAUCUGACCCGAAUCGCGAAGCUACGGUUGUGACUUCGGGUACUACUCAGACUUUGACGUCGACAUGGCGUUAAUAUGCAUUGCUUUUUCGUCUGUUACAUACGGAAAGGAGUUGCGUACUGAUGUAAUAAUAACGUUGCCUUAGCCUGACGAACUAUUUCAAACCCGGUAACGACUUUGGGCCAAGAAGAGCACAUGUAAAGAUGAUGAUUCACCUGGAAUUGGG